AUGCAACGCAGAAGUCCAAGCAGAACCCCUUUGUCGCUGCAGCGAAGCAGCGGGGGGGCCGUCACUGCAUGCAACGCAGAAGCAACAGAUGCUGCAACGCCUGCAGGCGCAGCACGGGGGCCCCACCAACAGCUGCUGCCGACGGGAAAGGUAGGGGCCCCCACAAGAGAAGGGGAGCUGCCGCCUCAGGCCCCUCUAGCGGAGGAGCGGCAUUCCGAUAGCUCUCACCCCAGAGGGGCCCCUGCUGAGGGGCCCCCCUCGGAGGGGGCCCCUGCUGAGGGGCCCCCGUCUGAAAGGCCCCGGUCUGGGGGGGGGCCCCCUGAGGGGCCCCCGUUACCCUGCGAUGUGCUACGUAGCCGAGCUGGUUUUGAGUGUAUUUUGCAGCUGCCGCACCCGCAUGCACUGUGGGGCCCCAAACGCAGCGAGGAGUUUCUGCGUAAGAAGCGGUUUGAGUUGGGUUUAGGGGGCCCAGGGGGCCCCCGAGGCAUGGAAACUCCGGGGGCCCUGGGGGCCCCGGGGGCCCUGGGGGCCCUUGGGGGGCCCCCCAGUGCAUGUUUGCCUUUAUUUGAUGAUAUAAACGCAUGGGAGGGUAGAGAUGUGGGGCUUGAGGGUGGAGAAGGGGCCCCCCGGUCACCAGAAGAGUUUGUGCUGUACCCGCCGGAGUUGCAUGCGCACUUCUUGUUUAAUAUAUUUGCUAGAGAGGCAGCUGCUGCACAGCGGGGUAAAAUUCUCGAUAAGACAAAACAAAUGCAACAAAUAAACAAAACACAACAUCUCUACAGCAGCAGCAACAGCAGCAACAGCAGCAACAGCAGCAGCAGCAGCAGCAGCGGGGAUAAAUUCUCGAUAAGACAAAACAAAUGCAACAAAUAA